GGAGGAGGAAGAGGAGGAAGAAGCCCGAGGACCAGGAGGAGGAAGAGGAGAGGAAGAGGAAGACGGAGCGGCGGCGGCCCCCGGGAGUCCAGCCUCAGCCCGAACCUACACGGACAGGAACAGGAACCGCGCCGGAUCUCGGCCCCAGGCAUGGAGCUGCGGGAGGAAGACUGGUCCCCGGAGCCGCUGGACUCCUCCGAGCAGCAGAUGGCCAGCCGCGAGCACCCAGUGGACAUCCUCCUCCUGGACGACGAUGAGGAUGAGCCCAGCUGGCCCCCUCCCAAGCCCUCCCCGCCGCCACCUCCCCUCCCUCCCUCGGGGCCUGGGGGCCGGCCGCGGCCGCCGGCCCCCUACAUCUGCAACGAGUGCGGCAAGAGCUUCAGCCACUGGUCGAAGCUGACGCGCCACCAGCGCACACACACGGGUGAGCGGCCCAACGCCUGCACCGACUGUGGGAAGACCUUCUCUCAGAGCUCCCACCUGGUUCAGCAUCGGCGCAUCCACACAGGCGAGAAGCCCUACGCCUGCUCCGAGUGUGGCAAGCGCUUCAGCUGGAGCUCCAACCUCAUGCAGCAUCAGCGCAUCCACACGGGCGAGAAGCCCUACGCCUGCCCCGAGUGCGGGCGCAGCUUCACGCAGAGCAAGAGCCUUGCCAAGCACCGGCGCUCCCAUAGCGGCCUCAAGCCCUUCGUCUGUCCCCGCUGCGGCCGGGGCUUCAGCCAGGCCAAGAGCCUGGCCCGCCAUCUGAGGCUGCACCCCGAGCUGGCUGCUGAGGGCAAGGCGGCCGCCCGGAGAGCCCGAGCGGCUGUGGUGGCCGAAGUGGAGGCCGAGGUGGCUGCCGCUGCUGCUGCCGCUGCCGCCGCCGCCGCCGCUGCCAUGGGGGGGUCUACGGUGGAGGAUGGAGACAUGGCUGCUGCCGGGGAUGGCGGGGGGCUGGCUUCGGGCCGAGCUCGGGCCGAGGGGGAAGUAGGGGAGAGAGUGAUUAAGGUGGAAGUGGGGGCUGGUGGAGUGAUACCGCGGCCACGGCGAGCCCCGACUCUCAAGCCUUAUGUGUGUGUGGAGUGUGGGAAAGGUUUCAUGCAGGGCUCUGAGCUUCUGGCCCACCAGAGGGCCCAGCACGGCCUGGGGAGCUGGGAUGGGGAGGAGAAGGGGGAGGAGGAUGGGGAGGAGUCUGCAGCUGGGGAGGAGCCUGCCCACAUCUGCGUGGAGUGCGGGGAGGGCUUUGGCCAGGGGGCCGCCCUGCGGAGGCACAAGAAGACCCACGCUGUGGGGGCACCCCUGGUGUGCCAGGCCUGCGGGCAGAACUACUACGCGGCGGCCGGGGUUGUGGACGAGGGCCGGUGUAGUGAAUGCCGGGCCCGGUAGGGGCGGCGGGGCCCGGGGGGAAGGGCUCCUCGGGCUGGGAGAGAGAGCGCAAUCGAGCCAGACCAAGAGACACUCAGUGGGAGUUAGACAUAGUGAAUGACGGGGGGCGGCAGAGGGGAGAGAGCGGCACGCGGCCUCUUUCUCCAUUCCCCCACAGUCAGAGAGGGGAGUCGGGCGUGUGGGCACGAGGGAUGAGCCACGGCACAUCCUCUGGUGCUGGGGCCCCCCCUCCGCCCCAUUUCCCUCCCUGGGCCCAAAAGACAGAUAGUGAGAGAGAGACAGAUAGACAGACAGAGACCAAGACAGACCCCCUGCCCCCGCACCCCCAUUAUCUGGGGCCCCAUGAGGGAAGGGGGAGAGAGCUCCCCUCCUCCCUGAGCCAAGGUGGGGAGGCAGGAACAGCAGCCCCAUCUCUCUCAUUUAGCAUUUGAUUUUAGUUCUCUUAUCCCCUCCCUGCUCCCAGUCCUCCCGUCUCCCUUUUCUAUUCCCAAUCUUUUCUCCAUUGGGGGUUCUCCCUCCCUGUCCUCCGCUGGGGCAGCCUCCCCGAUUGGCCAGGUUGAGGGGGGGAGUUGGGAACAAUAAACGGAGCCAUCAGAUUGUC